AUGAAAACAACACUUACAACAACAACUGUUCCAUCUACGACAACAAAACCAACAACGACGAAAACAAAACUUACAACAACAAUUACUCCAACUACUACAACAAAACCAACAACGAUAAAAACAACACUUACAACAACAACUGUUCCAUAUACGACAACAAAACCAACAACGACGAAAACAAAACUUACAACAACAAUUACUCCAACUACUACAACAAAACCAACAACGAUGAAAACAACACUUACAACAACAACUGUUCCAUCUACGACAACAAAACCAACAACGACGAAAACAAAACUUACAACAACAAUUACUCCAACUACUACAACAAAACCAACAACGAUGAAAAGAACACUUACUACAACAACUGUUCCAUCUACGACAACAAAACCAUCAACGAUGAAAACAACACUUACAACAACAACUGUUCCAUAUACGACAACAAAACCAACAACAACGACCACCUCAUCAACUACUACAGCAACCACAACAUUAACAACUAAGACUUCGAUUCCAACAACAACAACAACUCCAAACCUAACAACUACGACCACUAUUCCAACAACAACGACUCCUACUCCAAAAAGAAUUGCCACUUCUCCAACGACUUCAACGACUAAACUUACAACGGUUGCUAUUUUAACAACUACAACCACCUUAACAAAAACACCAGCAACUACUCCAGCUAAAACGUCCAAACUAAAAAGUACGAUGACCACCUCAGCGACCAGUACAACCAAACAAGCUUCAGGUUGUUUGAUAACCUGUCAGCAUGGAACGUGUAUGCAGACAAAUCAUCAGUAUAUCUGUGUUUGUUCUCCUGGAUAUCAAGGACCAAACUGUGAAACAGAUAUAGACAACUGUGUAAAUGAGCCAUGUGAGUAUGGAGUCUGUACCGAUAAGGUCAAUGACUUUAGUUGUGAUUGUAUGGUGUUUUUCAAAGGCAAAAUGUGUAACAAAAUGAAAGCCUGGGCUAUUGCGUUCCUAUCCAUAGCAACCUUAGCAUUACUUUUAACCUGCUGCUGUUGUUUCUGGUGCAUCAUGGGAACGUGUGACAGAGAUGAUGAAAGGAGGAAAGUUCAUCCAUUAAAAGAAAAACCUAGACCAAAACCCGCAGAAAGACUACCUCGUUAUGAUUAGUUUUAAAGGCUCUUCAUCAAGCUCUAAUUGUAGAAUUAUAUCUAUUAACUUUUGUUAAGUAGUUUUUGUUGUCAGUAUAACGUUGUUUUU